AUGGAAUUUACCAGAGACUGCAGUGACCUUUUUAAUGCUGUUGUAAAUGGUUCUACAGACGAUGUUUUAAAGGUUAUUCAACGUGGGACGGGUGUAAACGUUUUAAAUGGCCUGAACCAAUCUCCCCUUAUUGUAUUUAUCAUAUGGAGUAGAGGAAAAAGCGAGAAGAACCUAGACAUUGUCUCUUUAUUGAUUGAGAAAGGGACAGAGUUAAAUGUUGUCGAUAUGAAAGGAAAGACAGCUUUGAUGUACGCCAUUGAACAAUGUAAAACAAGUGAAGCGAAGUUUUUAAUAAGAAAUGGCUGCGAUGUGGACAUAGAGAACACAAAGAAACAAACGGCACUUCAUUUAGCAAUCCAGCAUGACCUCACAGAAUUAGUUUUACCUUUGAUAGAAAGUAGCAGUGACAUAGAUAUUCAAGAUGAUAGUGGCCAAACACCACUGUUUACAUCAGUUAAUAAAAUGGAUUUAGAGACAGUGAAGUUACUUGUCAAGUUUGGAGCUGAUGUAAACCUGCUGGACAAAUCAGGUAUAUCGCCAUUACUUAAAGCCAUACAGUUGAAAUUAAACUCAAUAGCCAGUUUUCUCAUUACUAGUGGUGCUAAUAUAGAUUGUUGUCGUGAUGAAGAUCUACCACCACUUGCUUAUUCUAUUCAAGAAAAUAUGACCACGGUAUCUGAGGAGUUGAUCAACAAAGGAUGUAAUAUACAUUUUAAAAACACCCUUAACCAAACUGCCCUACAUUUAGCGGUUAAAUUUAAAUGUAUAAACACGACAAGACUUUUAUUAGAAAAAGGCAAAAGAUGGACCGAUGGUAUAUUUUUGCUGAUUGAAAGAGGAGUAGAUUUAGACAUAGCUGACUACAAAGGAGAAACCCCUUUAAUGAGAGCAAUUGAAAGAGAUCUUUUGGAUGUAGCUGAAUUAAUGAUAAAAAAAGGGUGUAAUCUGAACAGUCAGGAUUGGGAGUGUAAUCCUCCAUAUAUCCAUAGGGGCUAUCGUUAUUCAAAUGUGAGCAAACAAACAUCAAUUCAUCAUGCUGUUGAUCGAAAAGACGUUAAAUUUCUGAUACCUCUGGUGAAGGGUGGUGCCAACUUAAAUAUACAAAAUUCCGAGGGAGAGACGCCACUUCUUGUAUCCAUUCGAAGAGGUAAUAUAGAUAGCUCGGUAAUGCUAAUUGAAAACGGGGCUGAUAUCAACCUCUCAAACUCAGACAAGACAACACCUUUAAUGACGGCAAUUCAUUAUGACAGAAUUGAUGUUGCUAUUUUACUGAUAAAGAAGGGAUGUGAGCUAGACACCCAAGAUAAUGAUAAAGAAACUGCUCUUCAUUUAGCUGUUCGGAAUGAAUGCAUAACAUUGCUUGUUCGAAGCGGUGCAGAUAUAAAUAUUCGUUACAAAGACGGAAAAACUCCUCUAAUGAAGAUCAUUAUGAAUGGGAGGUGCGGAAUUGCCGAAUACAUUGUCGAACUCUUUUUGCAGAGAGGUUGUAACAUCAAUGUGGUUGAUAAUGAAAACAAAACAGCUUUACAUGUCGCCCUUGAAACAAAGAAGUACAAUGUGGUUCAACUUUUAUUGCAACAUGGUGCAGAUCCUAACAUUGGUAAACAAAUUUUACAGGAAAAUAUGAGUUUGCAACUACGUAGAUAUGGUAGAGGUUAUAAACAGUCAGUAAUACAUAUAAUAAAACGUGGAUAUAGAUCCGAUUUAUUCCCACAACAUGACAGCUAUCCUGGAUUAUUAUGUCACAUUCUGAUGAAGGCUGAUUCAAGGUUUUACCAGGAGCACACGUCUCUUCUAGAACUAUUAUUUCUUUCUGGUUCUUGCACACAAUCUCGGUUAUUUAUGUUACUAAAAGAUCCUCUAUAUUUCUCCCAAUUUGAAAAGAAUCCUGAAAUAUUGCACUGGAUAGAAUCUAAGAGUUGCAGUCCGAUGUCGUUGACGAAUAUUACGAGGAUUGCAAUUUUAGCUCACAUACAACCGAAUAAAACAAAAAACAUUGAAGAAACAGAACUUCCAAUGACCUUACGUGACUUCCUACAGUUAAAUGAUAUCAUCGACAAUGAUCCCGUUACUGAGGCUACAAGAACCUUUAUGGAAGAUUAUGAUGACUAUGAUGACCCUGAUGACUAUGAUUACUAUGGUAGCGAUGAUGAUGCUUAUGAUGAUAAUGAAGUUGUUUCGCUCCCUGCCCUUUAUCAUCACAUGUUAAUGCAAAGAUUAUUCCCAGGAUUCUUAUUUUAG